AUGCAGUGGAGCGACACAAACAACCCCCGCGAGGACAGCGUGUUUGCGCGCGUGAAGGCCGCCGUGCGUAGCGGGGGUGGCCCAAAGGCCGUCGUUGAGGCACUUCGACAGUUUCGCGAGCUUGAGGACGAGCAGAAGCUGCGCGGGGAGAAGGGUGUCACGCAUAAACUCUUUAUUGACUUAUUGCGGAAUUUUGGCGUGCGGCUUCACAACAGGGAGGCGGACUACUUGUGCACCGCCUUCGACGACGACCAGGACGGCUACAUCACCUCCAGCCGGUUUGUGCGUCACUUUACGGGGUUGAAUUUUCGACGCCACAGGACCGUCCUCCGCGCCUGGGACGCGCUGCCAAAGAAUGAGCGGGGGGAAGUCUCACGCAAUGAGCUUCAGAGGCGCUACACUCUUAGUGGGACCGGGGGGAGUUUCGGCGUCACGUUUGCCCCCUUACCCCGCACCCAGAGGGAUAUGCAGGGCACUGACACCGCUUCUCCCCCUUCCUCUGCUUCCUCCGCUGAGGCGCACGACUCUGGCACGGUGAGCCCGGAGGAGUUUAUUGCUUUUUUUGCCGCUGUGAGUGUGGAGUUCCCGUUGGAUGAGCAGUUUGAGUUGUACAUGCUGCGCGAGUGGGACGCCGACGUCGCCACGCGGCCAACUAUGAAUGAAACUCAGCGCGACUGGGACUCGGAAGGUGGCGACCCACUCGCCAUAACGAAGCGUCUGUGUGUGCAGGAUGUACUAAACAACGCGUUAGGCGUUUCAUCGAAGAGCUACAACUUUUCACACAUGCCACGCGUUCAUCCGUACGUGGAGCCGCUGCCGCCGCUAGAGAGGGACUACUUGAGUAUCACGAAGCGCGAUUUUCGUCCCUUUUCAAUGGACGAGAGGAUUGAGGCCAACACACUGUGCCACCGCUAG